UUAGCUAAAUAUAGAAUUCACAACAAACACACGUUGUUUACAGUUUUAGUUAGUCAUUUUAUUUUGUGGGCUCAACUCAUGAACAGAACUAAAAUUUUGCUUACUUUGUCGUAAUGACCACGUUAAUUUGUUUUAAACAAUUAGCUGUAAAGCCGCAAUAAUAAUAAAAGAGUCUCAUUUGUUCUAUUAUCGCACAAAUCUGUUAUAAAUAUAAAUUUUAUAAUAAUAAAUGCCUAAAUUUGACGAGGUCACGCACGAGAAAAGUGCUAAGUUAGUUCGUUUUUCCAAUGGGACAUUAAAUAAUGAUGACAAACGUCAUUUAAUAUUAAAGCAAUAUUCAUGCACUGGAGCUGCAAAAACUCGUGUUACACAACCAAACAAGCAUAUAGUUACUGCUGAAAUUAAUAGCAGAGUUUAUGUUGGCAGAGAUUAUGGAGAUACUAAUAGAUACCCAACUGAAGUUUGCGACUAUUAUCUUGGUGUUCACAACAAGAAAACUGGAAAAGUGAAAGUGAUGCCAGCUCAAUUGAUUCAGCUUGACCCAAUAGUUGAAGACAAACAAGCUGCAGAUGAAGUGGAUAUGUCACAAAAAAAUUACAGACAAAAGUUGGAUGCGCUAACAAAAGAGUUUGGCUCCGGCCGUAGCCAAAGGGCUGUCAAUAAACGUGAGAGGAACCAGCUGGAUGACGAGAUGGUAUUGAAAACCACAGACUCUGUUGUAAGCAAUGCUAAAGUUGAGGUGGAAAACAAACCUGAAAGUGAGGCCCCAGUGUCAGAGGUUUCUUCCAUCCCACCGUACAACAAAGAUGCUACAUCACCAGAACAAGUGUACAAUAUGGAUGACAUUAUUCCCCCUCCAGUUCUUUCAUCCUUGACUUAUUAUUCUCAAGUUUUUGUUCAGUCUACCAGGGAUGACUUGAGUAAAUGGCACAGUGAGAACAAGUAUUUUUCAAUAGUAUUGCUGUUUUUGGAGAAAUUAUCCCUGCUAGAGAACACAAGAUUGUUACAGAGCCAGUACCUUGUGUACUUGCAGUGUCUGAUGCAGACAUUUCUGAUGAAAGGAAAUGAGUUGAGAUCUAAAUUCCCUCUACCCAAGGACUGGCCAGCACCUUUAAAAACUCACAUACUCACCACCUUCACUCUAGAGAUCAAUGAACCUGGGCGAAAAUUUCAAAGGUGUGUGCCAUCAAGAAUGAAGGAUCUACUCUUGUCCCACAUCAUAGUUGUAGCCCUCACACUCUUCAAGUUCAACUUAUCGCUGGAUUCACUGCUCAAAGACCUCAGUAUCUCACAAAGAAGACUGGCUCUGCACAUGCGCAGUUUAGGUUGCACUGUGAAGAAGACAAAGGGUCUGAAUGAGAGCUAUGUGGCUGUGUUGACUGUUCCUCUCAAGUUCCCUGAGAUCAGAGCCAAGGCAGAUAAGAAAAGAAUUUUUUAGUGUAGGAUGGUGAAGGAAGCAGACAAAGCUCUUAUUGUAUUUAGACUCUUAGAUUUGUAAUGACACAAUGUUGUUUUGUUGAGAUGCUUUGUGAAAUGUAUACAGCCUGUGUUUUGACUGGGCUUAAAACAAAUAAAUAUUGGA